AGUUUCUUUCCUCCAAAAUCUCCGCCGGGUCCGUCCUCUCCCGCUUCCGCUUCCCCUCAGCCGUCACCUCCCCGCUCCCACCGCCACCAAUCGCACUCGCAGUGGCUGUUGGCGUGCGCUCGCGUCCAAACCAAGCAAACCCCACAAAUCCUACCUUCCGCCGGCGUCGCCACCGGCCGUGCUCCCUCCCUCCGGCCCCGGUUGACCCUAGCCUCGCAUCACCCUAACCCUACCCCCCUCCCGCCGCUGCCAGAGCAGGGGAAAAAGAUGCCGCGCGAGAUCAUCACGAUCCAGGUGGGGCAAUGCGGGAACCAGAUCGGGAUGGAGUUCUGGAAGCAGCUCUGCCUCGAGCACGGCAUCGGCAAGGACGGCCUCCUCGAGGACUUCGCCACUCAGGGGGGCGACAGGAAGGAUGUCUUCUUUUACCAGGCUGAUGAUCAGCACUUCAUACCCAGGUCUCUGCUUAUUGACCUGGAGCCGAGAGUGAUCAAUGGGAUUCAGAACAGCGAGUACAGGAACCUGUACAACCAUGAGAACAUAUUUGUUGCUGAGCACGGUGGUGGUGCCGGGAACAACUGGGCCAGUGGGUAUCAUCAGGGUGAACAAUUUGUUGAUGAUAUCAUGGACAUGGUUGACAGAGAAGCUGAUGGAAGUGAUAGCCUUGAGGGUUUUGUCCUGUGCCACUCUAUUGCUGGUGGAACUGGUUCAGGUAUGGGUUCUUAUCUAUUGGAGACACUGAAUGAUCGAUACAGUAAAAAGCUUGUGCAGACAUAUAGUGUUUUCCCAAAUCAGGUGGAAACAAGUGAUGUUGUCGUCCAACCUUACAACUCACUUUUGACUCUGAAGCGGCUGACACUGAAUGCUGACUGUGUGGUUGUUCUUGACAAUACGGCUCUUAAUAGGAUUGCCGUCGAGCGCCUUCAUCUAUCAAAUCCUACGUUUGCACAAACAAACUCUUUGGUCUCCACGGUUAUGUCUGCAAGCACAACUACUUUAAGGUAUCCUGGAUAUAUGAACAAUGAUCUGGUUGGCCUUCUUGCCUCCUUGAUUCCCACUCCAAGGUGUCAUUUUUUGAUGACAGGUUAUACUCCGUUGACUGUCGAGCGCCAGGUUAACAUGAUACGCAAAACGACGGUAUUGGAUGUUAUGAGAAGACUUCUGCAGACAAAGAAUAUAAUGGUGUCAUCAUAUGCUCGAACAAAAGAAGCUAGCCAGGCUAAAUACAUCUCCAUAUUGAACAUCAUUCAAGGGGAGGUGGACCCUACACAGGUUCACGAGAGCCUGCAAAGAAUACGCGAAAGGAAGCUUGUUAACUUUAUAGACUGGGCACCUGCAAGCAUUCAGGUUGCUUUGUCAAGAAAAUCCCCUUAUGUUCAAACAACCCACAGGGUUAGUGGUCUGAUGUUAGCAAAUCAUACAAGCAUCCGUCAUUUAUUCAGCAAAUGCCUGGGACAAUAUGAAAAGCUAAGGAAAAAGCAGGCUUUUCUUGACAACUACAGGAAGUUCCCAAUGUUUGCGGACAAUGAUCUAUCUGAAUUUGAUGAAUCUCGAGAGAUAAUAGAGAGCCUAGUUGAUGAAUACAAGGCCUGCGAGUCGCCUGACUACAUCAAAUGGGGAAUGGAGGACCCUGGAGAGGCAAAUGUUGUGGCGGCACUUGACUCUAAGUUGGUAGUGUAAAUAUAAAGUGUUGUGCAGCAAUCCACGCAACUGAGGAAGUGCUGUCUACAAUCUACAUUCAAGUCAUGUUGGUCAUCCAGACCAAAUAUGCUACUGUCACAUCUAGUAGUCAUCAGUUUGACGCCGCCUGCUUCUAUAGAUCCAAUCGGAGUGCAGCCAAAGUGGGUUUUGACGUUAUUUCGACCUCAAAUUUGCCUUUAGUCUGUGCUAUGUAUAUUUCGAAACCCACUUCCUCUGGCCUGUUUUCAUUUCUUUAGGGCUAGUUUGGUAACACCAUUUUUCCAAGGGAUUUUUAUUUUCUCAAGUGAAAUUAGUUCAUUUUCCCAAACGAAAAUUGAAAUCUCUUGGGAAAAUGUUGUUCGCAAACUAUCCCUUACUAUAUUUAUUGAGAAUCUCCCUUCGUGCGUUGCCUCC